CGGCGGCGCGGAGGUGUGCUCGCCGGUGCUGGGCUUGGCGGGUGGUGGCGGCGGCGGCGGCGACGGCGACGCGCACAGAGGCGGACUGUGGCUUCCUUGGUGCUCGCGGCGGGCUGCGUCGGGGCGGGGGCGGCGGGGCGCGCCAGGGGCCCCUGCGGGCGCGGCGCAGGCGAUGAGCCGGGGCCCGGCAUGGCCUCCGCGCGGCCGCCGGGCCAGGCCUGCGCCUCGGCGUCCGCGCCUGCGGGGCUCCGGGCCGGGCCGCCCGCCCUCCCCGCCGCCGCCGCCCCCGAGCCUGCUGGCGGCGCCGAGGCCGAGGAGCGCUCGCUGCAGCACAUGCUGCGUGCCAUAGCGGAGGAGCGCGGCCGCCUUAGCCUGCGCCGCGAGGUCUGCGGCCUCGGGUGCUUCAAGGAUGACCGCAUCGUCUUCUGGACUUGGAUGUUCUCCACCUACUUCAUGGAGAAAUGGGCUCCCCGGCAGGACGACAUGCUUUUCUAUGUGCGCCGGAAGCUGGCUUACUCCAGCAGCGAAAGCGGUGCAGACGGGAGGAAGGCAGCUGAGCCCGAGGUGGAGGUGGAGGUGUACCGGCGGGACUCCAAGAAGCUGCCAGGCCUGGGAGACCCUGACAUCGACUGGGAAGAGAGCGUCUGCCUGAAUCUCAUCCUGCAGAAGCUGGACUACAUGGUGACCUGUGCGGUGUGCACACGUGCUGAUGGCGGGGACAUUCACAUCCAUAAGAAGAAAUCUCAGCAAGUGUUCGCGUCCCCCAGUAAACACCCCAUGGACAGCAAGGGGGAGGAGUCCAAGAUCAGCUACCCCAACAUCUUCUUCAUGAUUGACAGCUUCGAGGAGGUGUUCAGCGACAUGACCGUGGGGGAAGGAGAGAUGGUCUGUGUGGAGCUGGUGGCCAGUGACAAAACCAACACGUUCCAGGGGGUCAUCUUUCAGGGCUCCAUCCGCUACGAGGCGCUCAAGAAGGUGUACGACAACCGGGUGAGCAUGGCCGCCCGCAUGGCACAGAAGAUGUCGUUUGGCUUCUACAAGUACAGCAACAUGGAGUUUGUGCGCAUGAAGGGCCCCCAGGGCAAGGGCCACGCCGAGAUGGCGGUCAGCCGAGUGUCCACAGGUGACACGUCCCCCUGUGGGACUGAAGAGGACUCCAGCCCAGCUUCGCCCAUGCACGAGCGGGUGACCUCCUUCAGCACGCCCCCCACCCCAGAACGGAACAACCGGCCUGCCUUCUUCUCCCCAUCUCUCAAGAGGAAGGUGCCCCGGAACCGGAUCGCUGAGAUGAAGAAGUCGCACUCGGCCAACGACAGCGAGGAGUUCUUCCGGGAGGACGACGGUGGAGCCGAUCUGCACAAUGCAACCAACCUGCGGUCUCGGUCCCUGUCGGGCACAGGACGGUCCCUGGUCGGGUCCUGGCUGAAGUUGAACAGAGCAGAUGGAAACUUCCUUCUCUAUGCACACUUAACCUACGUCACUUUGCCGCUGCAUCGGAUUUUAACAGACAUCCUGGAAGUUCGGCAGAAGCCCAUCCUGAUGACCUAGCCACGUGCGGAGCCUGCGCAGAGCCCCGGCCGGGCCCAGCCCUGGGAGUGCUGCCAAGUGCCUACCUGUCCACCGCCACCGGGGUCUUCUGUGACACGCCAGUGCUGGAGCCGCAGCCAGGCGAGGCCACUCGACUCCCGGGGCCAGGGCCGACUCCACGAACACCAGCCCAAACUGAAGUGCCUCUUCCCUCCCCUGCUGGCUCUGCUCCGCCCUGUGCCCCCCGCCCAUCGCCCCCCACCCAUCUCUGGAGAGCCCUCUGCACCCAAAGAGAACUAGAGAUGCUGAGCGGCCAUGAGAGAGAGCGGGAGGAGCAGCUGAUGCCCAGAGCGGGGCCAGACCGGCGCAUCUAUGUUCACGUCCCCCCAGCAGCAGGCGGAACCACCCAGCCAGGGCACUCAGCGCAUCAGACUGUCCACACCUUCUUGAGGAAAGCCGGUGGAAGAUUUUGGAAUGCCAUGCGGAUGAACUUCAGCACCUGAGUCAGUCCCAGCUCAUCCUCCCCAGUUUACCACUUUGUUCUAAUAGGAGAUGGGAACACAAGAAGUUUGAUGGCUUUGCCCUGGGCUGGGAAUACCUCACCCACGCCCAGUUCCAGAAAGGCCUCCAGCUGAGCAGACGGCCCCGAUCCCGCCAGAACGGCCUUUUGCUUCCAGCCAAAGAACACCGCCAACACACACACCUCCAACCUGGGACAUCCCAUGCUGGGCCUCGGACGGAGGAACCUGCAGAAUUUGGAUUCUGAGGGUAGUCGGGAGGCCUCGGUAGCCAGGCAGAACAGGAUAUCUGCCAAAGGGUGUCUGAUGUGGGGUGGGGCUGGCAUCCUCCCAGGAAGGUUCUAGGUGGGACCCCAUCUUCUGGGGACGGGGGUGUCUUUUCAUCUUCCUUGGUUUCCUAGAGCUCACUUCCUUUGACGGCGUGUGCUGGUCCCAUCUCAGACCAGCUCACUGAGGCAGAGGAGUUGCUCAGAGGCUCACAUGGGCACCCCCAUCGGUUUGUGUGAGCAGCUGCCCAGCCCCAGGCCUGCGCUCGGCUUGGUCCAGCACGAAGGCGUUUCCAUCUGCAAGGAUGCACGGUACCCUCCCCGAGAGCAGGCCUGUCCCCUUCCCGACUGGGAAUAAACUGGAAGCUGGAUCUCUUUGUUGCUAUGUUUUUUUGUUUGAAGUUCCCAGGAAUAUCUGAGGGGUUCCAGUGAUGUGUUUAGGGAUCUUCUCUGUGGGGGGAAAGGAAGAGGAGGGGCUUGUUCUCCCAUCUGUUUAUUCUUUGGGCUCCGGGAACAGGGGACUACUUUGGGGCUUUCUCCAGACUUUUGUAUGUUAUUAUUAAAAGCGAGCUAUUGCAUUUCA